GUCAUCCUUCAUCGCUAAAUUUCGAGUUCCAUCUCUUUGUCCCCUUCCCUAUCCAAUUCGCCCUUGCUCGAAAUCAGGCCAUGGCCGCCGUCGAAGAAGCUACCGUCGCCGUCGAGGUUGCCGUCGAUCCGGCGGAGGCAGAUGCUCCGGCGGAGGAUCCCGCCGCCGAUAAGUCAAAAAAACCGAAAGCGGCCAAAGAGCCGAAACCUAAGAAGUCUGGUUCCAGUAGGAAGCCCAGGGUCCCGCCUAGUCAUCCCCCUUUCCUCGAGAUGAUAACGGAUGCGGUUGUUUCUCUGAAAGAGAAGACUGGAUCGAGCCAGUAUGCUAUAACUAAGUUCAUUGAAGAUAAGCACAAGCAGUUGCCUGGAACCUUCAGGAAAAUGCUCUUGUUUCACAUCAAGAAACUUGUUGCUGCCGGCAAGCUCGUGAAGGUUAAGAACUCGUAUAAGCUCCCUUCUAAGGCGGCGCCGCGUUCUAAGCCUGUUUCUGCUGCGCCGGCGAAGAAACCGGCUGCUGCCAAACCCAAGGCUCUUGCUGCCAAGAAGACAGCGAAGGCACCAGCCAAGACCACCUCCAAGGCGAAAGCAUCGGCUAAGCCGAAGGCCAAAGCGGCUGCGAAGCCGAAAUCGGCUGCCAAACCGAAGGCCAAGGUAGCUCCAAAGCAGAAAACAACUGCGGCGCCCAAGUCCACUGCAGCCGCGAAGCCAAAGCGGCCUCCGCCUAAGCCAAAGGCGGCGCCGGCAGGCAAAUCAGCAGCCGCGUCUAAGACCAAGGCCAAGGCGGCGGCUAAGCCACCAGCCAAGGUCGCGAGGACAUCGACAAGGAGCACUCCAGGGAAGAAAGCCCCUGCAAAGCCGACUCCGGCAGCAAAACCUGCUGCGAAAUCCAAGGCGAAGGCGGGCCCAGCGAAGAGCACGAAGAAGGCAAAGAGCACGAGGGCUCCGGCGGCGAGAACUUCGGCUAGGAAAGCAAAGAAGUGAUAGGGAUAGUUGAGGUUUUCUCAGGGUAGUAGAUCUGUAAAUUUGUUGUUGAGCUUGGCUAUUUACAGUCUUUAGAGAAGAUACAGAUUUUUUGGCCCUUUUUUAUUUCUCAGUACAUUAUAAAUGAGUUCUUCAAAGCCAUUUCGAUUAA